AUGAUCCUUAAUACCUUAUCACUCAUUAUUAUUGUAACACUUGUUCUUCUUUACUUCAUUAGGCCAAAAAAAUAUAACAAAGAAAAAGAAGGAGAGUGGGUUGGAGAAAAUAAACAAGGAGAGACUAGAGUAUUAAGAGGGUAUACAGGAAUAGACAAAUUGGUUGAUUCAACGCCACAAGGGAAUGAGACAAUUGCUGAUUUAGUAAAUGGAUUUAAUAAGAAAGAUAAAAAACAGUUUAUUGGAUAUAGAGAACUUAAAAAUAAAGUUGUCGCUAAAACAAUUAUUGAAAAAUGUAAUGGAAAAGAAAUUAGAAAAGAAAUAUAUCAAUAUGAAAUGUCUCCCUAUGUAUGGUAUUCUUCAAAAGAAUUUUAUCAUUUGAUAUGUAGAAUUUCUAAUGGUCUUAGAGUUAAAGGAUUUAAAAAAGGAGAUAAAAUAGGAAUGUUUUGUGAAACGAGAUUUGAAUGGAUGGCUAUGGCAUUGGCUUGUGCAAGACAAGGAAUUACACUUGUUACUGUAUAUGCUACAUUAGGAGAAGAGUCUGUUAGAGUUGCAUUAGAAGAGACAAAGUGUGUUGGGUUAAUUGUUAGUGAAGAGACAGGAAUAAAGAUGAGAAAAAUUGAAUUAAAUAAAGAAAUUAAAAUUAUUAGUAUUGAUGGCCAUUUUGAAGGAGAAUAUACUACGUUCAAAGAACUUAGUGAAAGUAAAGAGGAUGAAGAAACUAUACCUUCUGUUGCACCAAAUGACCUUGCAUUUAUUAUGUAUACAUCUGGUACUACUAAAGAACCUAAAGGAGUUUUAGUUGAACAAAAACAAAUAUUAUUAUUAGCACAAGCAUUCAAUAUUUGUUUAGAUUUAAAAGAUGAAGUAUUUGUUGCUUAUUUACCUUUAGCUCAUAUCUUUGAAUUGUGUUUAGAGUUUUGUAUCUUAUCAUUCUUUGGAAGUAUUGGAUAUGCCAAUGCACGUACAUUAAUGAGUGUUGGGUGUACUAAUUGUAAAUCUGAUUUAUGUGAAUUAGAACCAACCUUAGUUAUUGGAGUUCCAACAGUAUUUAAUAGAAUUCGUAAAGCCAUAUUAGAGAGUGUCUCUAGAGCACCAACAUUAAAACAAAGUUUAUUCUUUGGUUGUAUGAAAUUAAAGAAUUUACUUUAUGUGUCAUAUCAAUUAAGAACUCCAUUACUAUUUGAACCAAUAGUUAAAUUUGUAGAUAGUCUCAUUUUCAAUCCAUUAAAAGUAUCAUUAUUUGGAAGAAACUUAAAAACAAUCAUUAUUGGUGGCUCUGCUCUUCCUGUAGAACUUCAAACUUUCUUAACUAUUACAUGUGCUAAAACUAAUAUUUUACAAGGAUUUGGAAUGACUGAAUUAUGUGGUGCUUCUAGUUGUAUGGUUCCAGGAGAUUCAACUCAAGCCACCAUUGGAUUAUUAUUCCCUCAUUAUGAGUUAAAAUUAAGAGAUGUCCCAGAGUUAAAUUAUUUAACUACUGAUAAUCCACCAAGAGGAGAAUUAAUGUUAAGAGGAGCUCCUGUAUCAAAAGGAUAUUUCAAUAGACCAGAAGAAUCAAAAAGUACUUUUACUGAAGAUGGAUGGGUUUGUACUGGUGAUAUUGCAAAAAUUACUGAAGACCAUCACAUUUGUAUUAUUGAUAGAAAAAAGAAUAUUGUCAAACAGCCAUGUGGUGAAUAUAUAUCUUUGGAAUUAAUUGAAUCUAAAUACUUAACAUCUAAAGUAGUUGAUACUAUUUGUGUCUUUGCUGAUGCUUUUCAUGACUUUACAAUUGCUUUAGUAUUACCAAAUAAGAAUAUUAUUGCUGAAAUGACACAAAAACCAUUUGAAGAAGCAUGUAAAGAUAAAGAAAUAAUUGGAGCAGUAAGAAAAAUUAUGGCAGAAAAUGAAAUUGGGUUGUCUCAAAGAGAAGUUGUUAAACGUAUUGCUUUAAUAAGUGAAGAAUGGAACUCAGAGAAUGGAAUGCUAACUGCUGCAUUAAAACUAAAAAGGCCUGCUAUUGCUCAAAGGUAUCAAACUAUUAUUGAUCAAUUGUACUCAAUGAACUAA